AGAAACUUUUGGUCCUUGUUGUUGUGUUCUCUCACGAAGACUUGUGUUGAAAGAGCGGCCAGAGUGAUCUCUCUCCCCACAAAAGGAAACUAAACUUGUUCGGUCGUUGCCUAGUCGAAGGAGUCUCACUGCAAUGCAAAGCUGAAACUAUCUCUCUUCUCUUGGAAAACCUCUUCAGUUUUUGUUUUCAGUUCCCAUUUUAUAAAAUGGAUGAAGAAAACAUUCCUAUGGAAGAUCCUUGCGGCGAAGAAUAUGUAUGUGGAGAUCCAAAAGUUGAUAUUCGUGUUGGAGACGAGUAUCAAGCCGAGAUACCUCCUUUGAUAUCUGAAUCCGAACGUGCAACCUAUCUUUCGAAUCCUCUAGCUUCUGAAUCUAAUGCCGUAGUUGUGGGACUACCUCUUGACAUAACGUGGAUAGACACCAAACUUAAAGACGAUGUUAAUGUAGACAUGAAUGAGUCUCUCAAAUCUCUGAAAACCAAAAGAAACCGCAGAGAUCAAAAGAUGAAUCUUGAAGCUGUGCCUGAGAGAUCAUCCAGCUCAUGGGAAGAUUUGGAGGUAGAUGCCUUUGUUCUUGGUCUGUACACAUUCGGGAAGAACUUCACUCAGGCAAAGACGUUCUUGGAGAGCAAAGAAACAGGAGAACUGCUUUCUUUUUACUACGGAAAGUUCUACAAAUCUAGCAAGCACAAGAUUUGGUCUAACCCCCUUAAGAAGCGGAGUAGAAAAUGCAUACAAGGGAAAAAGCUUUACUCAGGCUGGAGACUACAUCAGUUGCUGUCUCGUUUGAUGCCCAGCAUUACCGAUGAAUCGCUGAAAACAAAGCUUGUGAAUGUCUCAAAGUCAUUAGCUGAAGGGAACACAUCUCUGGAGAAAUACAUCAGCUCUGUGAAGGAGCUAGUGGGUCUUAAGUCUCUUGUAGAGGCAGUAGCAAUCGGUAAAGACAAAGAAGAUCUGACAGUUCUAACAACAGAGCCUGUUAAAUCGAAGCAAUGGUUCACAGUUUCCUCCUCUGCUGCGGUUCCUGCUGGUUUAGGGGUGUACAGUUCACUCACGUGUGAUGAAAUAAUCGAGAAACUGGGCGGUGGUUCCCGUCUAAGCAAGGCCCGUUGCAAUGAUAUCUUCUGGGAAGCUGUGUGGCCGCGUUUGCUAGCCAGAGGGUGGCGUUCUGAGCAGCCGAAAGACCGAGGCAAAGACAACAUUGUCUUCCUCAUCCCUGGGGUAAAGAAGUUUUCUAGACGGAAACUUGUUAAACAGAAUCAUUACUUUGAUUCCAUCAGUGAUAUUAUUAAAAAGGUUGUUUCGGAUCCUGAGCUUCUUGAGUUUGAUGAGGCAGUAGAGAUCAGAGCUCCCAGUGAGAAUAACCAGGACCAGUUAAAACGGCUCUACCUAAAGUCUCCAGAGUCUUCUUCUUCUACUCAUAUGAAGUUCACUGUUGUGGAUACUACUAGUUUGGCUUCAGGAGGCAAGUUGUGUGCGUUUAGGGAGCUGAAGAAUCCGAAUCCAGAAUCUCUAGCUUCUCAAUCAAAGGCCUCUUGUGUGGAUGUAGAGAAGCAUGGUAAAGAAUGUAAGUGGGAAAAGAGACGAAUGAAGAAACUGGUGGAAGAACCGGUGAGGUUCAUGAUUGUGGAUUCAUCAGGGAUAAGGAGACGGAGACGUUUGCCCGCUAGUGAUCCAUCAUCUUCGCAGAACAACCAGUCUGGUACCAAUACAGGUGUGACUGGUUCUGGUGUGAAGGAGGAGAAGGUUCGGUCAAAGAAGAGGUCUGUCCGGAAAUCAGAAUCUGCUAACAAUCAUUCUCUUAGUUCUCCAUUUCCCUUGCCAAAACGAAGGAAGCUCAGUGCGUGUGUAAGGAAAGAUAUAGAACGUUUUGGUGAAAGUUCGAUCAAGACUGAGAAAGCAGAAGAAGAAGAAGAAGCUGGAGACGGGAUAGAGAUUCUGAGGCUAAAGACUGAACCAAAUGAGUUAUGUUCAUCAGAAAGACAACAACAAGAGGAGUCAAAGCAGUUGUUGUGUUCUUCAAAGGGUCUGGAAGAGAAACUGAUUCAACUUCCUUCAAGGUCAGGCGCAGACAAGAGGAAUUCUCCUUCCACUGAUCAUGGAACUACUCAAGAAACUGCAUCAAUAAAACAAGAAGAAGAAGAAGAACAAGAACAAGAGCAAAACCAAGAGAUGAACGCAGAUCCUCCGAGAAGACAAAGCACAAGAAAGAGGCCAUUGACGACUCGUGCUCUUGAAGCUCUUGAAUCUGGAUUUUACACAGCAAAGAGUACACCUAAACCGAUAAAACGGGAAAGGUCUAAAAGGAUCAAGCACUCAGCCAAUGCGAGUAACAGAGCUCAAGGUGAGUCAGACGAUGGUUUUCUUGUAAAGGAAAGUACAUCAAGUAAGCCGCUGGACGGAGUAGAGUGUUCCGAACCGAGCUUUCUUUCGGAUAAAGCAACAAGAGCAGCGAGUAAGCCUGUGGAUGAAACAGAGGAUUCUAACAGGGAGACAAGCGAGUUCUCUACUAAACGUCCUCCCAUUCUUUUGAAACUUCCCUUUAAGCGAGGCUGAAGUAGAAUGAAUCAUUUUUGGGCUUUUAACUGAUCCUAGAGCUUCAACUCUCUCAUGAAAUGUGUAUAGAAAAAAAAAAAAACUCCUUUUCUUUUGUUUUUGCCUGGUAAAACUCUUUGAAGACAUAUUUUAUUCUUUUGAAAUCGUUUCUCUU